CCAACAAACCAUUUAAAUGUUAAUCAAAUAAAAUGAAUUUGGCAAUUUAGCUGAUUCGGACGGUUUCGGCAAAUUUUGGCGAGGGCGGUCAUCUGCCCUGAGACUUCACGUUAAAUAACAACGAUGGGCCGCCAUGGCCUAUGUUCUCCAUCAUUUUUGUGGGUGUUUAUAACGCAAUAGAAAAUAGUAGAGGGCAUUUUUACUGAAUUCUAGGUUUUAGGGUUUUAUGUGUUGCAUCAUGCACUUCUUUGUAGGUAAAGGAAAACAGAUCCAAACUACCAACUUUUUUCUACUAUUAUUUCAUAUUUGGGCUUUACGUCAAUGAAUUUGGAGCCAUUUUAGAAAAAAAAUCAGUUUUAUUUUGAAAGCAAAAGGGGAAAAAUGCUGGAAAGAGUGGUUCAUCAGGUGCUACUAGGAUAUCUUGGCCGAUAUGUGAAGGAUUUCUCAAGGGACCAAGUGAAGGUCACUCUUUGGAAUAUCGAGGUUGAAUUGAAGGACAUAGACCUCAUUCUCGAAGCCUUUGAUUAUCUGCAAUUGCCUUUUGCUCUGAAGCAAGGUCGAGUUGGGAGACUCAGCAUUAAGGUUCCCUGGAGUUUGAUUGGAGGUGAACCCAUUCUUAUUGCUUUGGAAAAUGUUUUCUUUUCUGUAUCCCCCAGGGAUGAUCAUGAGUGGAGAAUGGAUGCAAUCGAAACAAGAGAACUGGCUGGCAAGAAGGCUAAGCUUGCUGCUGCGGAGCUUGCUAAACUAUCUAGACGUGUUUGUGCAGAUAAUAAAGGAGGGUGGUCAUUCAUUCCCUUUGUUACCACAAAGGUUCUUGAGAAUAUCCAGGUGUCCAUUAGAAAUUUCCAUGUUUUGUACAGUGAUAUGCAAUCAAAUUCAGAGCAGGUUUUAUUUGGUUUAAGAUUCUCUAGCUUGACAAUGUUAAAGCAAAAUUCGGUUGGGCUGAGAAUGGGUCAGGUGAGCAAAGUUGUGGAGGUUGAAGGUUUGGAAAUUUAUUGUAGCAUCUGCAAGGAUACUGCCAAAGAUUUGAGCUUGAGCCAUACUGGGGGUUCCGAAUCCUGGUUCAAUUCACACUGUGUUGGUGAUAAGUCUGAACAUAUAGUAGAGCCAUUCAAUGUAUCACUGUCUCUUUUGGUGAACAGAUCAGAAAAACUUAAUGAUUUGCCGCAGUAUUCUAUCAGUGCUAAAAUGACCUGUUUGGUUUUGUCUUUGAAUGAGAUUCAGCUGCAGCAAAUCUUGAUCCUUUCAGAUUACUUAUCUACAAGUCAGUUAAGGGAGAAGUAUGGACGUUAUCGUCCUUGGUCUUCUCCUUUGUCGAGAAAAGAAGAUGGUUGGCAAAGAUUAUGGUGGCACUAUGCUCAAGAAUCUAUUUUAUCAGAUGUUCGUGAGAAAUUAAAGAAGACUUCUUGGAGAUAUCUUGGACAGCGAUUGAGUAAUCGCAGAAAGUAUGUUAAUUUAUACAAGACCAAAUUAGAGCUUCUUCGACAAGACCAGCCGAUUGAUGAAUCUUUAAUUCGGGACUUGGAGCAAAUGGAGAAAGAAUCUGAUAUUGAUGAUAUUUUAAGUUAUAGAUCAGCUGCGGAACAUGAACUGCAGGAAGUUUUAUUGAAGUCGUCAACAGCCAUUUUUUCUGUUGAGAAGUCAAGACUAGAUGGUCAGUCAUCUGGCAAGUCUCGAGGAUGGUUGAAUUGGUUGUCCCGAGGUAUGCUUGGUGCUGGAGGAACAGAUGACUCUAGUCAGUUCUCUGGUGUUGUUUCUGAUGAAGAUGUGCAGGAUAUAUACGAGGCAACUAAGUUCUAUCCUCCAGUUUUGUCUGGAAUAGACGCCGAUACAAAUGAUAAGAUUUACUCAAGGGCAAUCGAGUUCAGCAUAAAUGAAAUUUCUGCAACAAUAUGGAGCAUGAAUUUGUGUCAAGAUAUUGCUAGGUUGAAUCUCCAUGGUGCAGUUAUGAAGUGCAACCUUCAGGAAGAAUUGGUAAAUGUGAUUGCUUUUGUUAAGUCAGGAGAGAUGGUUAAUGCAGGCAAUGAGCAAGUGAUUCGACUAAUGUCCUGUAUGGAGAAAAAUGUUGGGGAAGAUCUGCCCUCUUACAGAGUUCAAGUAGACUUGUAUCAGAGGCGAGAUGCUGAAUUGUCAGUGAAUGUCAUGCUUCAGUCGCUUGAAGUUGCUUAUGAAACAACUUUUUUCUGGGAUUUAAUUGAAUUUUUCUCUGUUAUCAAAUACUUUGAAUUUCAGCAUGAAAGGGUUUUAUCUUCGCUUAAUGGGAUUGAAGAUGUUAAAUCUCGAUUGCUAGCAAAAGCUGAAUGCAUCCUGUCGAGUCAUAAGAAGGUGGCAUGGGAUGUUAAUAUCAGCAACAUCACAAUAAAUUUUCCCUCGGGAAAUGCAGUUUCUGAAGAGUUUAACAUGGUUCUUGACUUGGGAUCUCUUGUUUUUGCAUCGAAAACGGAGCUCAGUUCAAGUAUUGAUGGACAAUCAUUUAUCCGGAAGAACUUAGUUCAUUCUGCAUCAAUCUCUGAUUGGUUAACGGGUUUUCAGCUACAAGAUCUUUAUAAUCACUUUGACAUCAAACUAGUUGAUUUUGAGGUGAAGUUGGUGAAGACUAAUUAUCCCCUCACUAUCUCAAUUGUGAAAAAGUUUUGUGCCUGUAUUACUUUUGCAUCUUGCAUUAUUCCUGAUGAAUCAAGACUGAAACAAUUGGAGGUUUAUGUUACUGUACCAUCGCUUGAUGCAAACUUUUCUCUAUCAAUAUAUGAGUCAGUUGUUGCACUGAUGGUUCUUCUUAAUGCACAAUGUUCAAGAUCUGAACCUGUUGUGCUGAGAAACCCUGAUUCACUCCAUUCUGCAUCAAGUCACCUAGGGGAUCGUCCUUUUGGUUUGACUCUAACUGCAAGCAUCAAUUCUGCAAAGUUACUUCUUGAUCUUGCUAAUGAUGGAGAACAUAGCUCUUCCAUCAUGCUUGCUCUAAAAACUCUAGAUGUGUGGUAUUCUCUCAUAGAGUAUGAGACCUGCCAAGUCUCUUUGAAAGCAAUAGAGGUUACUGCACAUACGAAUGGUGAAAAGAAUAACCAUGUUUUAUGCUCAUUUGGAGAUCUAUAUCCCUCAAAUACUGCAAAUCAGGAUGGUAUGGCUAAUACACUUGGUGAUGCAAGUGACCCUUUUGACGAAAAUAAAACUGCUGAGGCUUGUUUUGUUUUAUAUUAUGAAGCUAUUGCAAGUAUAGAUUUCACAAGUCACAAGUUCACAUUAUACUUGAAUGAUGCUGACCUCCAUUUCUAUCCAUAUAUAAUUGGAUUAUUGGUUGGGUUUUAUGAUAGAAUAUGUUCAUCUACUGCAUUUAUUGGAGCAGAGAAUGCUGUGGGCCCCGCUUUUGAAGAUAAAAGUACAAAAAAUAUGCCAGGUUUUCAGUUCAGAGGCUUUGAUUUCUCAAAUUACUCUGGAAUAGGAUCAUCUGAUUACGCAAGCUUAUCUUUGGAUUGUUUUCCUUUUGUUACAAUGCAUAAUUCAGGUUCCGUAGGUAGUCUAGGGAGUUCACUUCGUUUUCCCGUUCCUGAUUGGCAGAAGUCAUUCAGUUUAAGAGAUAACAAGUUGAGAAGUCCAAGUUGCAGUUCAGAGAAGGGAUUUAACCCUUUUCAUUCCUCACCACUAAAAUCCAAAGUGGGUAUGGUUGCAUUUCCUGUGUCAGGGAGUUCUCCUGAAGCAAGUCUAUAUGCUAUUGACAUCAAUCUCUCAGGUGUUAAACUGCAUUUCCAUGAUUCAUCUUGUAUUGUUGGAACAAUAACUCUGCCAACCUCCAAAUCUUCGGUUAGCAUUUGUGAUGAUUGUAUGGAUCUGGUCUCUUCUUCUGAGGGGGCGAUUCUCACAUCAUCGUGGUGGACCAGUAAUUUCCACGACUUUUUGUGGGGUCCAUCAUUACCGAACCUUUCCCCAAUCUUAAAUAUAUGUAUGAAGAAAAGGAAUUUUGGAUCACUAAGUUCGCAGUUUGAAUUUAGUAUUGGAAUUCAGCAUACUUGUUGGGUUCUACCAUUCCAUUACAUAGCCAUCAUAAUUGGUUAUUUUUCACUGGAUGAUUGGAGAUCAAAUCCAAGUAUGCAGUCUACAAGCAAAAGUAUUGAGCAUAUGGAGAACCAAAGUGAGAUUGCUAUCAUUUGUAAAUUUGAGGUUCUGGAAUCCUCUUUAAUUUUUCCCAUAGAAAGUGAUGACCAACGGUUUCUGAAGACAGAUAUUCAGCAGUUGUAUGGUAGUUUUACAAACCAUUGUGUUUUGAGCGAUGUACUGAAGGACAUUCCUCCUGAAUGUGUGGUUCCAGAAAAUAAAGUUGCAAGAUCGAAUAAUUGUCUGAAUAUUUUUGGACGAGAUUUGUCUCUAUCAUUGUUGUUGUUCAAGGAUGAUUGCAUAACGUUUAUUCCAGGUACUAAACCGAGAAAUUUCCCUUUGGUGGCACCAUUCAGUGCUGAUUUUUGGAUCAGAAUACCUAGUGAAUUGGAAUUCCUUUCCGAAAAAUCUUCUGAUUACACAUGUAUCAUGUCAAGGGUUGGUGUUUGUCAAGUUUAUAUUGAUGAUUUUUAUUUCAUUGGUGGAUUUGAAGUGUUACUGGAAAUCAUCGACCGGUUUUCCAUUGUUCAUGAUGAAUCAAAAAGUUACACUUCUGAUGUUUUACAGUUUCUACAGUCAAGGAGGUUGCAAAAGGAAAAUAAGGAAGUAUCAGUUGUAGAUUCUUCCAUGACCUUGAUCGAAGUCAGAUGUUAUGUUGAAUCACUCUUGAUACAAUUGAAUCGGUUGGGGAAAGACUUACUUGAGCCAGUUUCUAAAGCUGAAAUGAGCUUUAUUUGCUCCAUGUCUCUGACAAAUGAGACACAUAUGAACUUGGAUUUAAGUUUUUACUCUUUAGAAUUAUUGUCACUUCCAAAUUUGGUUAUACUAGCACGCUGUUCUGAUGCUUGCUCAACCUCAUCAGUUUUUGAUCUUUCUUUCUCAAAAUCUAAUCCAUGUCAAAAUGAGUUCUCUGUUUGUCUUCCUUCCCUUAAUAUCUGGCUACAUUCUUCUGACUGGACUGACAUCCUUGACCUGUUUGAUUCUUAUGGGAAAAAACUUACCACAACUGCAAAAUUAGAUUCAUUGCCCGGGAGUUCAGCCAUGAGUGUACCAGAACAUGUUCCUCAAAUUUCUGAUAAAAUGUCUGCCCCAACUUGUGUGCCACUUAGCACCAUGCAGGAAACAGUUGUUGUCCUGAGGUCUGAAAAUAUUGGAAUCAUGUUUUAUUUUCCAAUGCAUGUCGCUGGAGAAGAAUUUACUGAAUUGGUGUUCGCUGAAAAGGGCUCGCAGAAUGUUUCAUCUACUGGUACUGAAGGGAAGCUUUGUAAACUUUUGACAUUUAUGACACACAGCAAAAGUAGUGAACUAAUUAUUUCUGGUAAAAAUGCAAAGUUCAAGUGUAUUCUGGAAAAAACAAGUGGUGCUGUGGGUUUCCAAGGCGAUGAUAAUGUCAAUUAUUGGCCUCUCUUCCAGAUAUUUCAAGUUAAUGUGGAGACUGAGAUAUGCAAUAUCGAGGAAAAGCCAGUACAUGUCAAUCUGGAGAUUCAAUGUGAUCAGCUGGAUGUAUGGUUAUCACAUCAAAUAUUUUUUUUCUUGCAUGAUGUAAGGUUUGAUGUUCCUGGAUCAAGAUCUCAGUAUGACUUUGGAAGCAUGGAGUUCCAGAUCCAGCUAAGGAAGGGAUCUCUUAUGGUAUCUGAUGGAAGGUGGAGUUGUAGUGGACCUCUUUUAGAAAUUCUUCUGAAAAACUUCCUGUUACGUGCUAAUUUUACUGGAAACAGCAUGAAUGGUGCAGUUGCGUGUGAUCUCCAAGUGAAUUACAAUAAUGUUCACAAGGUCUUCUGGGAGCCUUUUCUUGAGCCCUGGAAGUUUGAGAUGGAGAUAAUUAGAAAACAGGACCUGAAUGCUCUGCUAGACAACUCCAAUAUUACGGAUGUGCAUCUCAUUUCAACAGGACAGCUUAACUUCAACUUUACAGAACCCCUAAUUGAGACUGUUCUCAGGACAAUUGAAAUGGUUAAGGAUGCCUGGGGAUUUUUGGAACAUGAUUCUUCUGAAAAGCAAAGAUUUCUUGAUCCUCAGCUCACUGAAAAUAUGUCUGGAGGAAGAUACGCUCCUUAUAUACUUCAAAACCUGACUUCUUCACCUCUAGAGUAUCAUGUUUAUCAAGGACUGGCCAGUUCUGAUCAGUUUGAUGCCUCAAAAGAGAAAGAUGGAAAAAUUGUGCAAGCUGGCGCUUCUGUUCCAAUUUAUCUUAAUGACAUACCGGACGAACAACUUUAUCAUUAUAGGCCUAGUCAUUCUUCUGAUAAUCUCAGUGAGAGGCAAUCAAAUGGGGUGGCUCAUCAUUUGAUGACUAUUCAACUUGAUGGCAUGUCUGUUCCUUCUGCUCCUGUUUCAAUGGAUCUUGUUGGACUUACAUAUUUUGAGGUUGAUUUUUCAAAUAAUUCACAAUACAAUGUAAACCUGAAAGAAAAUGGUGCAACUGACGGAAAGAAUGGUUUUGUUGUACCUGUUGUGUUUGAUGUUUCAGUGCAACGGUAUAGCAAGCUAAUACGUUUGUACUCAACGGUGAUAAUUCUAAAUGCUACUUCAAUUCCACUGGAACUAAGGUUUGAUAUCCCAUUUGGUAUUUCACCGAAGAUUCUAGACCCAGUAUAUCCUGGUCAAGAGUUUCCACUGCCUCUACAUUUGGCUGAAGCUGGUCGCAUGAGGUGGCGUCCUCUUGGGAAUUCUUACCUGUGGAGUGAAGCACACAACCUCUCUGAUCUUCUCUCCUUGGAAGGCAAGAUUGGAUUUCUCAGAUCUUUUGUCUGUUACCCAUCUCAUCCAAGCAGUGACCCAUUUCGUUGUUGCCUAUCACUUCGGCAUAUUAGCAUACCUGCAGCUGACAGGCUAAAGAAAGGCUCAGUGAGCUGUAAUGAUGAUACUGUGAGCCAGUCAAUCCAAAGUAGCAACAAAAAUAUAAAAGAUUUGUGCAAGUCAAAAGAUCGGUAUAUUCAUCAAAUGACUUUAAGUACUCCUUUAGUCAUUAAUAACUAUCUUCCUGAGGCAAUAUCAUUGACGAUUGAAAGUGGUGGAAUUACACGUACUGCAUUGCUUUCAAAGAUAAUCAAUUUCUUUCAUCAUAUUGAUCUAUCACAUGACCUGACACUGGAGUUCAAUAUUUAUGGAUAUAGACCGUCAGUCCUUAAGUUUCCACGCACAGAAACAUUCAGUACAACUGCUAAGUUCAGUGGAACAAAGUUCUCUCAGUCUGAAACCGUGGCCUUUGAACCUGAUACAUGUAGUGGCCCAAUACAUGUAACUAUGGAAAAGAUGAUGGACGCGUUCUCUGGUGCUCGGGAACUCUUCAUUUAUGUUCCCUUUCUGUUAUAUAACUGCACACCAUUCCCACUCAGUAUUUCAGAGUCCGCCAAUGAGAUGGACAGAACUGUCUGUACUUUACCUUCCUGUUACAAUCAAGUUGAUAAUGAGCUGUUUCAAGGCACCAGAGAUGGUCUGAGCCUUUUAUUUUCUAACCAACACUCAGCUAUUGAAUCUCCACAAAUUGAGAGUUUGGGCUUGUCAUUCUUGAAAAAUCGCAUUGUUUCAACUAGAAAAACAUUUGAUCUGCAGUUAGGAAGAUUUGUUAGAAAUCCCUCGAUUUCAUUGUCUCAGAAGCAAACUGACCAACAUGAUUUAGUUGAUAAGAAAAAUUCGUCAAAUAUUCUGAAGAAUCGAUUGGGUUCAAGCACUCGGUUGUCAGGGAAUAAUGACUUUAUGGAGAAAGAGUGUGGAAUGGUUAAGGCAUGCAUAUAUUCUCCACAUCCUAUUUCUUCUGGAAGUGAAAUUGUGGUUUGCGUAGCUAAUAGUUCUCGUGGACACAACUCAGAAAAUGUGCCUAGUUCACCAUGGUCAGGGCCCUUUCUUCUAGUCCCACCAAGUGGUUCAACAACUGUUCUUGUUCCCCAGCCAUUAUCAAAUGCAAUGUUUAUAUUAUCUGUUACAUCUAAUGCUAUUCCUGGAGCAUUUGCUGGAAGGACACGGGCUAUUACUUUUCAGCCAAGAUAUGUUAUUAGUAAUGCAUGCAGCAAGGAGUUAUAUUAUAAGCAGAAGGGAACUGAUAUUCUUUAUCAUUUGGGUGUUGGGCAACAUUCACAGCUCCAUUGGACUGAUACAACAAGGGAAUUAUUGAUUUCCUUGCGUUUUGAUGAACCUGGCUGGCAAUGGUCUGGCAGCUUCUUGCCAGAUCAUUUAGGUGACACUCAAGUGAAGAUAAGAAAUUAUGCUUCUGGGACAAUGAAUAUGAUACGGGUGGAGGUACAGAAUGCUGAUGUUUCCAUCAGGAAUGAAAAGAUUGUUGGAAGCCUCCAAGGGAAUUGUGGGACAAACUUGAUUCUCAUAUCUGAGGAUGAUACAGGAUAUAUGCCAUAUAGAAUUGAUAAUUUCUCAAAGGAGAGACUAAGGAUUUACCAACAAAGGUGUGAAUCACUUGACACCAUUGUUCACCCAUACACUUCCUGCCCUUAUGCGUGGGAUGAACCCUGCUAUCCCCACCGUGUUUCUAUUGAGGUACCAGGGGAGCGUAUGGUGGGUUCUUUUGCUCUAGAUGAUUUGAAAGAAUAUAUGCCUGUGCACCUACAGUCUACUUCUGAGAAGCCAGAAAGGAUGUUGCUUUUAUCUGUGCGUGCUGAGGGUGCAACAAAGGUGCUCACAAUUAUUGAUUCAACAUAUCAUGUUCUGAAAGACAUGACAGAUCAAAGUACCAUUAAGUUCCAAGAAAAACAAAAUCAAGAGAAACCUGCUGAAUACAAGGAGAAGUUUUCAGUUACCAUUCCUUGCAUUGGUAUUUCUUUGGUUAAUUCUUACCCACAGGAAUUGCUUUUUGCCUCUGCAAAAAAUAUAAAAAUCGAUCUAUUUCAGAGUGUGGACCACCAAAAGCUUUCUUGCCAUAUAUCUUCACUUCAAAUAGAUAAUCAACUGCAUAACACCCCCUAUCCUGUCGUCCUUUCCUUUAAUAGGGAAUACAGAAGUAACCAAGUUGGCCAGAUAAGGAAGGAUGAUAGCCCAAAAUUCAAAGCUGAAAGGGGGUUACUGAUUUCUUCAGAUUCUUCGUUUGAACCUGUGUUUAACCUAGCUGUGGCAAAGUGGAGGAAGAAAGAUAUUUCAUUGGUCUCUUUUGAAUAUAUAAGCUUAAGAAUGGCAGAUUUUUGCCUUGAGCUUGAACAGGAACUGAUUUUGAGCUUGCUUUACUUCUACAAAGCUGUCUCUCCAGGUUUACAGAGUCAAGCCUUGCCAUUUUCUGAUCCUAACUUCAAUGUGGGUUUUAUGCAUGGUCAAACAUCUGAGCAUGUGAAAGUAAGAGAACAGCUACAUGGUACUGGUACUCCUGUGCUCAGUAGAAUUGAUGACACUGGUGGAUUACCUUUAAUAGUUCCAAUAGGGGCUCCUUGGCAGCAAAUUCACUGUUUGGCCAGAAGACAGAAGAAGAUUUAUGUGGAAUCAUUUGAUUUGGCUCCUAUAAAGUUUACUCUUAGCUUUUCUAGUUCUCCUUGGAUGCUUAGAAGCGGGGUUCUUACAUCUGGAGAAUCUGUUAUCCAUAGAGGUCUGAUGGCUUUUGCUGAUGUAGAGGGAGCACGAAUUCAUCUCAAAGAGUUGUCAAUCAUGCAUCAAAUGGCCAGUUGGGAAUCUAUUCAGGAGAUCCUGAUUAGGCACUAUACUCGACAAUUUCUCCAUGAGAUGUACAAGGUGUUUGGCUCUGCUGGUGUUAUCGGCAAUCCCAUGGGAUUUGCUAGGAGUCUAGGUGUAGGAAUUAGAGAUUUCUUAGCAGUUCCUGCAAAGAGUAUUUUGAAGAGUCCCACUGGACUUAUCACAGGCAUGGCUCAAGGUACUACUAGUCUUCUGAGCAAUACGGUCUAUGCACUAAGUGAUGCUGCCACUCAAUUCAGUAAAGCUGCACACAAGGGUAUUGUUGCAUUUACAUUUGAUGAGCAGGCUGUUGCAAGAAUGGAAAGGCAAUUGAAAGGGGAGGCUUCACACAGUAAAGGCAUAAUUAAUGAAGUUUUUGAGGGACUUACUGGCCUCCUUCAAUCGCCAGUUAAAGAAGCAGAGAAACAUGGCCUACCUGGAAUCCUCUCAGGAAUAGCUUUGGGAGUAACCGGACUAGUGGGAAGACCAGCUGCUAGUAUACUUGAGGUUACUGGAAAAACUGCACAGAGUAUUAGAAACAGAAGCAGAUUAUACCAAAUGGGUUCACAACGUUGUAGAGUUCGUUUGCCAAGGCCUUUAAGCAGAGAACUUCCUUUGAGGCCUUACUCUUGGGAAGAAGCUGUUGGAAUAUCGGUGCUUAAGGAAGCUGAUGAUGGCAAGCUCAAGGAUGAAGUCUAUGUCAUGUCCAAGGCACUCAAAAACCCCGGUAAAUAUGUCAUCAUGACAGAGAGACUUGUGUUGGUUGUUAAUUGCCCGAGUCUGGUGGACUUGGGGAAACCUGAAUUCCGAGGUGUUGCAGCUAAUCAAGAGUGGGUGAUAGAAACAGAAAUUAGCCUGCAUAGUGUAAUCCACACUGAUGCUGAUGAUGGGGUGGUACAUAUUGUUGGAAGCAGUUCAGAUGCAUUGUUAAGACAGAAUCAGCAGAUGUCGAGGAAGGGUGGUGGCGGUGGGACGAAGAUGCGGUGGAAUAAUCCAUCAACUCCGCUUCCACUUUUUCAGACCAACUUGGAACUGGAAUCAGAAGAAGACACAAAGCACUUUUUACGGGUUUUGCUUUCUACAAUUGAACAGGGGAAAGAGCAAGGGGGAAGUGAAUAUCUAUUGCAGAGAAGUAGUAUCAGGAUGUUGUUGGGAUUAUGUGUGUUUUUUUUUUUUGAAUAGCUAUUUUGACAUUCAUGGAUGUCAAGGUAUGUGAGUGUUCAAUUCUCUGCGCUUUACUAUGCAGGGAAAAAUACAUAUAUAGGAUCUUGAUUCUUGACACCAAUGUGUUGAGAUCCUAUUGGAACAUUUACUUUGUUUUCUAAAUUCUAAUCAUGUUAAAUGAGAUUUAUUUAGUAUUAGGCCUGUAAAUGAACAGAGUUUGAACGAACAAAUUUCUUUUCAUGUUCGUUUGUUUAUUUAUAAGUUUGUUUGUGUUGGUUAAGAUUUCAA